AUGAUUAAGCGGUUUUCGACCAGCGAAGCUCAGCGAAUCAGGCAGCUUAUUUCUGGGAAAGAUCUCGGUGAUAGGAAACCAAGUGUGUUUCUUAGACACUUGCGCUCCCUGUCCCCCAACUUAACAGACGAGACCAUUUUAAGAGAACUAUUUCUCCAGAGACUACCUAGGACGGUCCAGGCAACUUUGACAGCCCAGGCUGAGUUGAGCCUAGAAAAAAUUGCUGAGCUGACGGACAAAAUUUUGGAAGUGACUCCCUCAUCUACUGGGAUUGUGUGCGCCACUGCGCUACUCGGGCCUUCUAACAAUGAGUUGGUCCCCAUCAUUGCUCAAUUACAGGCACUCAGUAAGCAGGUAGCGGCUUUGUCUACACGCCAUUUGCGAUCAAGAUCUAGUUCUCGCCGAUCUUGCCCUAGACCAAGGUCCGCGACGCCUCAUGGCUUGUGCUGGUACUACCGUCGGUACCAGGGCAAAGGUGUCAAAUGUCCGGCCGUGCUCCUGGUCAGAUCCGAUUCCGGAAAACCAAGGGAGCAGCCAGCGGUAAUGGCGCUAGCUGACUGCAGUCAAUUCACUGGUCGCCGCCUGUUUGUCACUGACAAGGUAACCAAAUUUAAAUUCUUGCUUGACACCGGUUCCGACCUUUCCUGUUUCCCUCGGAAACUUCUGUCGACUCAAUGCAAAGUUUCCGACUAUACUCUUAGUGCCGCCAAUGGCAACAGUAUAAAAAUAUAUGGCAGUCGCACAUUUUCAUUAAAUCUCGGUCUCCGUCGCGAAUUCAGAUGGAAUUUCACUAUUGCAGACGUCGAGAUAGCUAUCAUUGGCUCCAAUUUUCUGGCCUAUUUCAAUCUACUCCCGGACUGCCGCAACAAACUGUUACGAGAUGAUUCUACCAGGCUUUCUGUUCUGCCUCCAUCUGUAACAUAA